GUUUCCCUGCAAGAAAGAGAUCAGCAUCAGUGUUGGAGGAGGAGGAGGGAGACGGGAUCAGCGGAGGUUCUGAACGUGAGGGUUACCUGCGGGGGGGACCCCGCCAGCCCCGCCGCUGCCGGCAGAGAUUUGUAUCCAAAGGAAAAUCGGAUUAAUAUAAACUAUGCAGAGCUUUGCGGGGGAUAUCUGGAGGCUACUCUGUCUGCAUGGCUAAUCUUGAAAUUGUCUGAAAUAAAUCCUUAGCUCAAGGAAUAACGAGAUACUUUCAAUUAGGUCCGUCCCCCCCCCCCCCCUCCCCUCCCGUCACCCGAGAAUUUAACACUUCCAUUGCGAGGUUUUCACAGGAGAACGGGACACAUGCUGGAAAACUCACCGGGCUUCAUGGAAACCACAGGGGGAAGAGUUUCCAUCAGCGUUGCGGUAUGAAAGGUGCUCUUUGGAUUGUCUGCUGGUGGCUGAGAUGGAUCAGCCUCUCUCCGCUUCGGUUGGCGAUGUGCUGAAGGAUCCGGAUUUACUGAAAUACUGACGCCCAUAAACUUACUCUCUGCCUCUGCCGAAGGCAUCGGAUGUGACACUGCAGAGAAACAUGUGUUUCACAUUUCUGACUGGUUGUUUUGGUGCAAUCAAUACCUCCACAAGAAACAUUGACUCGGGUGGCGGUUUUCCUGCCGGGAGGCGCGGGGAGCGCUGCCGCGGGGUUGUAUGCAAAGAGAGCACAAAGCGAGGAUCCCGGAGCUCCCCCGAAGCGGGGGCUGCGGCUCCCCCCGCGCUCCGGGGCGAAGGCAGCGGGCGAUGCUCGGGGAGAGCGACCUCGGGGUGCGGAACGAGCGCUGCCGGGCAGGCGGCUCGGAUGGGGAACAGGACGGUGGAAAGAAAGGUGGAUGGCGAAAUCCUUGCCCGAAGGAAUAGCAGGCGAGGCGGAAUGAUGAUAAAGUUAAACUUCUGUUUCGUCUCCAGUCGGGGAUGGUGGGCGUUUCUGUUGCUUCGGCUCCACAUGUUGCAAGCACUGGCACAAGAUGAUGUUGCGCCAUACUUCAAGACGGAGCCAGGCUUGCCCCAGAUACACUUGGAAGGAAAUCGACUCGUCCUUACGUGCCUUGCCGAAGGCAGCUGGCCCUUGGAAUUUAAGUGGUUACACAAUGACAGUGAAAUAACCACUUACUCCACUGAAUAUAAGUACAUCAUCCCAGCUUUGCAGAGGUCGGAUGCUGGCUUCUAUCAGUGCGUGGUACGGAACAGGAUGGGGGCAUUGCUGCAAAGAAGAUCUGAAGUUCAAGUGGCAUACAUGGGGAAUUUCAUGGACACAGACCAGAGAAAAACAGUGACUCAAGGACAAGCUGCAGUUUUAAACUUCCUACACAUACUCAGCUAUCCGAGACCACAAGUGACAUGGUUUAGAGACGGGCACAAGAUAAUACCAAGCAGCAGAAUAGCCAUCACACUGCAGAAUCAGCUGGUGAUCCUUGCAACAUCACUGACUGAUGCAGGAGGCUACUAUGUCCAGGCGGUCAACGAGAAGAAUGGGGAGAACAAGACAAGUCCAUUUAUUCAUCUCAGUGUAGCGAGUGCCGUAGAGCCUUUUGACACCAUGGCUCCCACCAUCGUAAUCCCUCCACAGAAUACCAGCGUGGUAGCAGGGAGCAGCGACAUCACGCUGGAGUGUGUGGCCACUGCAAGACCUCUUGAGAAGCUAAGUGUAAUCUGGAAGAGAAACGGCGUGAAAAUAACCACUGGCAUUAGCAGUUUUGGGAGACGACUCACUAUCACCAACCCAACUUCUGCUGAUGCAGGGAUGUACUUCUGUGAAGCAGAAUUGAGAGACAGCACAGAGGAACCUGCAAGAGCGAAAGCCUUCCUUUCUGUAAUGGAACCACCGUAUUUUACGGCCGAGCCGGAGAGUGUGAUUUUGGCUGAAAUGGAGAAAGAUGUGGACAUCCUCUGCCAGGCAAUGGGUGUUCCCAUUCCCACCCUGAUCUGGUAUAAGGACUCCGUUCCUCUGAGCAAGUUGGAAAACCCCCGCUACAAAGUGCUGCUGAGUGGUGGGCUGCGGAUCCACGCGCUGCGUCCUCAGGAUGCUGGAAUCUUCCAGUGUUUUGCUAGUAAUAAAGCCGGGGAGAUACAGAGCUACACCUAUCUGGAUGUGACUAAUAUUAAACCAACAUUUAUACAGCCUCCAGAGGAUGCCACUGUUACAGAGGGGAUGACUGCAGUGCUCAACUGUGAAGUUUCAGGGGCUCCAAAACCUGCUAUCACAUGGAAGAAAGGAGACCAGGUCUUAGCCAGCGGCUCAGUUCAGAUCCCUCGGUUCAUUCUUCUUGAAUCUGGAGGGCUCCAGAUAAUGCCCGUUUUCCUUCAGGAUGCUGGCAAUUAUACUUGCUGUGCAGUCAACUCUGAAGGAGCUCUGAAUGCUUUUGUGAUGCUGACAGUGUGGAAUCGCACUUCCAUUGUUCACCCUCCUGAGGACAGCACUGUGAUCAAAGGAACCACAGCCACUCUGCGAUGUGAAGCGACUCAUGAUCCUAGAAUUUCAAUCAGGUAUGUGUGGAAGAAGGACAACGUUGUAAUAAAUCCGUCCAGCAGUUCCAGGAUCACAGUAGAGAAAGAUGGGACCCUCCUCAUCAGCCAGACAUGGUCAGGUGACAUUGGAGACUAUACCUGUGAGGUCAUUUCUUUUGGAGGAAAUGACUCCAGAGUAGCUCGACUAGAAGUGAUUGAGCUGCCUCAUUCCCCUCAGAAUCUCCUGGCCACUCUAAAUUCCUCAUACAGCCGCAGCGUGAUGCUCUCCUGGGUGCGCCCCUUUGAUGGAAACAGCCCUGUUCUCUACUACAUGGUUGAGCUUUCUGAGAACAAUUCUCCCUGGAAGGUUCACCUAUCAAAUCUUGACCCAAAGAUGACCGGUGUCACUGUGAGUGGACUAACUCCAGCCCGAACCUACCAGUUCAGGGUGUGUGCGGUUAACCAGGUGGGAAAGGGGCAGUACAGCUCUGAGACCAGCAGGUUGAUGCUACCUGAAGAGCCCCCCAGUGCCCCACCUAAAAAUAUAGUGGCCAGUGGGCGCACCAAUCAGUCUAUCAUGGUCCAGUGGCAGCCUCCUCCUGAGAGUGAACAUAAUGGAGUUCUUCAUGGGUACAUCCUAAGGUAUCGCCUGGCCGGCCUCCCUGGAGAAUACCAGUAUAAGAACAUCACCAGUGCAGAAAUUAACUACUGCUUAGUGAAAGACUUGAUCAUUUGGACCCAAUAUGAAAUCCAGGUGGCAUCUUACAAUGGAGCAGGGCUGGGAGCAUUCAGCAGACCUGUGACAGAGUACACUUUACAGGGAGUGCCUACAGCUCCACCACAGAAUGUGCAAGUCGAAGCUGUGAACUCCACAACCAUCCAUUUCCUCUGGACCCCUCCACCCCAGCAGUUCAUCAAUGGGAUUAACCAAGGGUAUAAGCUUCUAGCAUGGCCAGUGGAUUCUCCAGAGACUCUGACUGUGGUCACCAUUGCUCCAGAUUUUCAUGGUGUUCAUAGCGGCUGUAUCACCAACCUGAAGAAAUACACUGCUUACUAUACAUCGGUUCUGUGUUUCACCACACCUGGCGAUGGACCACAGAGCCCACCCCAGCUCCUGCGUACCCUUGAAGACAAGCCAGGAGCGGUGGGACACCUGAGUUUCACGGAGAUUCUGGACACGUCUCUCAAGGUCAGCUGGCAAGAACCUGUAGAGAAAAAUGGCAUCAUUACAGAGUACCAGAUCUCCUGGGAGGUGUAUGGCAGGAACGAAUCUCGUCUUGCACGCACACUACCCAACACGACGCUGGAGUACAAGCUCACGGGGCUGUCGUCUCUCACCACCUACACAAUUGAGGUGGCAGCUGUGACUGCAAAAGGGAGCGGAUGGGUCACGUCCUCCACCAUCUCUUCUGGUGUGCCCCCAGAACUUCCAGGUGCCCCAACCAACCUGGUGAUUUCCAACAUCAGCCCUCGUUCUGCCACGCUUCAAUUCCGGCCAGGAUAUGAUGGCAAAACCUCCAUCUCCAAGUGGAUAGUCGAAGGCCAGGUUGGUGUACUGGGUGAUGAAGAGGAGUGGGUGACUCUUCAUGAGGUGGAGAAUGAACCUGAUGCUCAGAUGCUGGAGGUACCGAACCUUACUCCUUACACUCAUUACAGGUUCCGGAUGCGGCAGGUGAACGUGGUGGGCCCCAGCCCGCUCAGCCAACCCUCCCGUGUCAUCCAGACGCUGCAGGCUCCACCAGAUGUUGCUCCCGGGAGCGUCACUGUGCGCACGGCCAGCGAGACCAGCCUGUGGCUGCGCUGGGUGCCGCUCCCUGACACACAGUACAAUGGCAAUCCAGAGUCAGUGGGUUACCGGAUAAAGUUCUGGCGUGUGGAUCUGCAAUCUCCCACCCUGAUGAAGGUUAUUAAUGACCGAUUGGAAAGAGAGUACACAAUUGAAGGUCUGGAGGAGUGGACAGAGUAUGAACUGCAGAUCCAGGCUUUCAAUGCCAUCGGGGCAGGACCAUGGAGCGAUGUAGUGAGAGGUCGAACGCGGGAGUCUGUUCCCUCUGCUCCUCCUGAAAAUGUCUCUGCUGAAGCCGUGAGUUCAACCCAGAUCCUUCUGACAUGGACUGCAGUCCCUGAGCCCGAGCAGAAUGGUCUCAUCCUGGGUUACAAGAUACUUUUUAAAGCAAAAGAUUUAGACUUUGAACCGAAGAGCCAAAUAGUGAGAGGUAACCAUACUCAGUCUUUCCUGCUGUCUGGCUUGCGGAAAUAUGUGCUCUAUGAGAUCCAGGUAUUGGCAUUCACUCGCAUUGGAGAUGGAGUCCCCAGCUCUCCUGCAGUUAUAGAAAGAACCAAGGAUGAUGCCCCUGGGCCACCUGUGAGGCUGGUGUUCCCCGAGGUGAGGCUAACAUCCGUACGGAUUGUUUGGCAGCCACCAGAGGAGCCCAAUGGAAUUAUUCUGGGGUAUCAGAUUGCCUAUCGUCUGGCCAGCAGCAGCCCUAACAAGUUCACGACGGUGGAGGUUGGAUCAACAGUCAGGCAGUUUACUGCUACGGAUCUCACCCCUGAGUCGGCAUACAUCUUCCGGACAUCUGCCAAGACCAGGCAGGGCUGGGGAGAGCCUCUGGAAGCCACAGUGAUUACAACAGAAAAAAGAGAACGACCAGCACCUCCCAGGCAGGUGAUGACACCCCAGAGUGAUGUGUCAUCACGGAGUCUGCUGUUGAAGUGGGUCCCUGGAAGUGAUGGAUCUUCACCAAUAAGAUAUUUUACAGUACAAGUGCGAGAAUUGCCGAAUGGAGACUGGCAAACCUACUCCUCUUCCAUCAGCCACGAGGCAACAUCCUGCAUUAUUGAAAGCUUGAACCCGUUCACCUCUUACAAGCUGCGUGUGAAAGCAACCAACGACAUUGGAGACAGUGACUUCAGUGCAGAGACUGAGGCUGUCACAACUCUGCAGGAUGUUCCAGAUGAACCACCCAGUUCUGUGUUAGUAACUCCCCACACGACUUCAUCUGUCCUUGUGCAGUGGCAGCCACCCAAAGCUGAAAGUCUAAACGGUUUGCUGUUGGGAUACCGGAUCUACUAUCGGGAACUGGAUUACGACACUGGAUCUGGAACAGAAUCCAAAACCAUCCAGAACCCUUCAGCUUUAAGAGCAGAGCUCACGCCCCAAAGCAGCUUCAAGACAGUGAACAGCAGCUCUGCAUUAACGACGUAUGAAUUAACACAGUUGAAGAAAUACAAGAGAUAUGAGGUGCUAAUGACAGCAUAUAAUGUAAUUGGUGAGAGCCCAACCAGCACACCAGUGGAAGUCUUUGUAGGUGAAGCAGCACCAGCACUGGCCCCACAGAACAUCCGAGUAAACUCUCUCUCUGCAAGCCAGCUGGAGCUCGCCUGGGACCCCCCUCCUGCUGACAGCCAAAAUGGGAACAUCCAAGGCUACAAGAUUUAUUACUGGGAGAGCGACAACCAAAAUGACACAGAGAAAGUGAAGGUCCUUUUCCUCCCGGAGACAACCAUCCGGCUCAAAAACCUGACCAGCCACACGCGCUACAUGGUCUGCAUCUCCGCCUUCAACGCGGCUGGGGAUGGCCCCAGGAGCAGCCCCUCGCAGGGCAGGACGCACCAGGCAGCACCCAGUGCUCCCAGCUUCUUGGCAUUCUCCGAAAUCACUUGCACUACGCUCAAUGUGUCUUGGGGCGAGCCGACAGCAGCAAAUGGAGUCCUGCAGGGUUAUCGAGUAGUCUAUGAGCCUUUGGCUCCUGUCCAGGGGGUGAGUAAGGUGGUGACGGUGGACAUUAAAGGGAACUGGCAACGCUGGCUGAAGGUCCGAGAUCUCACCAAGGGCAUGACCUAUUUAUUCAGAGUGCAAGCCCGAACCAUCGCCUAUGGACCUGAACUGCAAGCCAAUGUCACAGCUGGGCCAGCAGAAGGGUCUCCUGGCUCCCCUCAGGAAAUUCUGGUGACAAAAUCUGGUUCUGGGCUGACACUACAGUGGACCGAGGGAGAUUCAGGAGAAAAACCCACAACUGGCUACAUUAUCGAGGCACGACCCUCAGAUGAAGGACUGUGGGAUAUGUUUGUGAAGGACAUCCCUCGCAGUGCUACCUCCUACACAGUCAGCCUGGACAAACUCAGACAUGGUGUGACCUAUGAAUUUCGAGUGGUGGCUGUCAAUGAAUUUGGCUAUGGAGAACCAAGUGCUCCCUCUGUAGCAGUAUCAGCACAAACAGAAGCCCCUUUCUAUGAGGAAUGGUGGUUUCUGCUGGUGAUGGCUCUCUCAAGUCUGAUCCUUAUCCUCCUGGUGGUGUUUGCAUUGGUCCUGCAUGGCCAGAGCAAGAAGUACAAGAACUGCAGCGCAGGUAAAACCAUCUCCAACGUGGAAGAGUCAGUCACCCUGGAUAAUGGAGGCUUCACUGCUCUGGAGCUCAACAGCAGACACUUGAACAUCAAGAGUACCUUCUCAAAGAAGAAUGGAACCAGGUCUCCUCCCCGCCCAAGCCCAGGAGGGCUGCACUACUCGGAUGAGGAUAUCUGCAACAAGUACAAUGGAGCUGUGCUGACCGAGGGUUUGGGCCUGAGUGAGAAGCCCUUAGAAGUGUCGGAGUCAGAGGCCACUGACUCAGAUUAUGAAGAUGAGUUGCCAAAGCAUUCCUUUGUGAACCAUUACAUGAGCGACCCCACAUACUACAACUCAUGGAAGCGGCAGCAGAAAGGGGUGAAGCACCCAACAUCCUACAGAUAUGAGGAGUGCGCCGCCGGCGAGGCAGAACCCUAUUUCCAGACUGUCAUCACCACACAGAGCUCAGGAGGGGUGUACACCCCAACGGGACAGCCUGCGCCCGGCUCCCGGACUCCAGUGACAGGGUUCUCUUCCUUCGUCUGAGACAGGACUGCGGGAUGGAGCCGAACUGCUGGUGGCACUCAGAGGGACACGUCACAGUGACUGUGUGUGUGUAUGACCGGUGCGGUGAACUGUGGGUAACUUCUCUAUCAGGGUAGAAACAGAUGGGAACACGAAUGAGGCUGGGGUUUUUUUUUCUGAAGACAAUCAACUCUGAAAAUAUGGAGCUGAACUAGCUGAACCUUUGCUAAAAAAAAAAAGGAAUUCUGAAGAGUGAUGAUUUUAACCACUUGUGAAUACUAGGGUUUUUUUAACUGCUUUUUGUAACACUGCUUCAGGAAGCAGCUCCCAUGCCCUUCUCUUCCCUCUUUCUUUCUCUCCCCUCCUCCUGCAUCCCCGUUCCCAAACAAGGAGGUGAAUUCCCUAGAUGCAAUGCGUGACUUUGUGAUGCGAUUUGAAGAGAAAACAUAAAACCUCCCAGGCUCUUUUUUCUUCCUUUUUCUCUAAUCUUUUUCUUUUUAAUUUUUCCCCGUCAUCAAGGUCAAGUAUGAAAAUAUAGAAAAGGGACAAAUUUGGACAAAUUUUUCUGUGAAAACCAGACGCCUCCUCUCUCCUCUCCUCAUUGCUGCUCCUCACAUUAGGAGCACUGGCUGAUCAACUUAGGCUCAGAUGUUUCACUCUGUUCGCUCUAGGCUCACUACUGGUGUAUUUAAACUGAAUUACUGAUUUGCUUUUCUUUCCUCUUCAAAUGGGACCUGCUACAUUCUUUAAAUAUUCCAGCUCCAGGGUCUUUAGAAGAGGAGGUGGCUCGAAAGAGCACUGUAGGCAGCGGUGGGUGAAACAAGUGGUAAGGAUUCAGUUACAAGGUCGGUUUGGUUUUGGUGUGGCUCUAAUCCUCCCUCGUGGGCUGCAUGUGCCAUUUGAAUCGGUCAUUUUUUUUAAGAGUCAAAGGACACAACCCAGCAAGCCAACAGGAAUCUUUCAAUGAAGACUGCAGUGACGAGCUAGAGAGUUAACUACUUGAUGAGGUUUUUGAUCAUCCAAGUUUUAUCUUGCCCUGUCAAUAGAAGUUGAGUAUCCUUUCUUGCCCAGACUCUGCAGUGCUGCUUACUGGUCUGUAAAAAAGUACAUAGUAACUGGAUUUGUUUGAUUUUUUUAUUUUUUUAGUACAAAGACACGUCACACAGACUGGGUGAGUUGGUGUCCACAGGUGCCUUUUAUUGAUUCUUCAGCUUCAUAUCUGGGAGAAGCCACAAAGUGUCUCCAAAUAAAGCUAUCCAGAUUUUUCAAGCAUUAGGGUCACAAAUUACCUUGUGCACUUUUACAGGCUGCUUUGUGCACUUGAAGCGACAGUCUUUGGAAAGGAGAGAAGGGAAUUUUUAGUUUAUUUUCCAUCUUUUGUAUAGCUUCCUUUCUGUUUUCUUUUUUUUCUGUCCUUUUCUUGAGUCUGUCAUGUUUAGCAGCAAGUUGUUUGCUCACGAGGAUGUUGUCAGGGGUUUAAAGAAUCCACGUCCAGCCCUUGAAAGGUGAAUUUAGAAGUUGGCAAGUCCCUGCCACUCCAGUGUCUGGCAUUUCCUCCCAAGUGGAUGUUGGUCAGCCAGGAAAAUUGGUAUCCUGCUGCUUGCUAAGGUCCCAUCAGGGCACAUGUGAGCACUGUUACUAUUGCAAAUUUUCCCUGUCCUCUCCAGAUGUGGGACAGCUGUGGCACGGGGUGGUGAUGUCUUCAAGGCUGGUUGUUGAAGCCAGCCUGGCACUGAUGACGGUGGCUGCCUGUUCCUGCCCGUAGGGGCUGGUUAGAAGUAGUCUGGUGGCACCUCACCUGAACAGAGAAGGUACCAAGAGCAAGCUCAACCUUGCUGUCACCUUUCAGUGCCUCUUGGACAGGACAAACAAUCUCAGAACUGCCUUUACUCUUUGGCACUGCCUCUAAGCACUGCUGUUCUUGGUGUAUACAGAUUCGGGAUAGCUUUGCCACUGGAUUGCUGUUCCUCUCCAAAGGCUUCAGAAAGAAAAAGUUCAAAACCAAAAACUCCAGUGGGUGUGUUUAAGGGGGUUUGAGUUUGGGAUAAUGAUCCACAGCUCAUUAGAUAGAAGCGAUAUGCAAAGACGUGGGCUUGAGCCAAAACUCUGUGAGCCAUCCCCCUCUCUGCACCUGGAUAGGAUGUGUGUGGGAUGCAGAAGGGACUCCAAAGAGGAUGAGGUGGAGCUUACUGCGAAAAGGAACACAAAGCAAACAAAAAACCCACUGCCUUUUGUGCACUUUGACUGUUCUCUUAAGCCAUAUGAACUUUGCUUUAAUUACUGAACUGACAAAAAAUUGUUUACCGUCUGAGUUUUUUUGUUUCUUAGACAAAAUUAUCUAUGUGACUUUCUGAUUUGUUUUCUUUCUCCUUAGUUAUUUCCUGCAUCAGAUUACGUAUUUUAAACACCUUGUAUUAUAUACACGUGGCAUAGCAAUUGAGUUGCUGUAUGAUUUUUAAUAGCGCUUAUCCAACAAGUAUGAGAGGUAGUGCUGCAGGAGGAGCCUUUCAAGGGCCACGAAGGACUUAGGGAUAUAGAUUAGUAGAAAGUACAUUGAACACUGAAGAAUUUACUCCAAAGGAAAGUAUAGUGCGAGUAGCUCCAUAUCUCCUGAAUAUUGCCAGAUCUGAAUCAGUGUAAGGCACAGUUACUCCCUGGGGCUGACCUGAUACCAUUUCCUUGCAAAAAAAAAAACCAAGGAAACCACAGGGAAUAAAGGAAAUGGACUUUGUGGCCGCUGCUCCACUGAAGGACAACAUGGGGAGCGACACGAUCCAUACAAAGCAAGAAGAACAGACUAUUCGCUUUUUAUCAGAACCAUCUGCAACUGAAAAGCCUGAGCUUGCUGAGGACCUGCUGAGGUGGCUGUAUGGCCCUUUUCUUUUGAUUGCUGCUGAAAUAACAGGUUAGGUGUGAUUCCUUUAGGACCUGUUGAUCCAAACAAAGGUAUUUCUGUUCUCUUCCGGAACACACUAAUGUCAGUCUCGGUUAUGUUUUGUUUGGGAGUUGGCUUUUCUUACAUGUGGGUUUUGUUACUUAGGCAAUUUUAGAGCAUAGAAGUGAACCGGUCACCCCUAAGAUGAGCAUAGUGUGGCUGUUCUGCUGCCCAGGAUCCUCUGUAGCUGUGUACAUGAUGCCUGAGCCGUCUUGUUAACAUGCUGUACUUGUACAAUAUGAUUAAUGGGUAGGUUUUAUUUACCUCAGAUAUCAGGUAAAUUGUUCUAUCUGGAAGGAAACACUCCAUCAGUUAGCAAGAAAGCUCUAUUUCAUAGCUGUAAUCUUUGGGAAUCAUAGCCUUGAAAUACCACUUUUAAACAUUAGUUGUCAUUUUACAAUGAUUUCACCUGUCAAAUCCACUUCUGUUUCCAUCUUCCUAUUUAGAACAGUCUUGAAAAUUGAAGGCUUGUAUUUAAAACACCUUCUUAGGAUAUUUUAUAUGUAUUUAUUUAUUUACAUUCCCAUGUUUCUCAGGUCUCCUGGUGGCUGUUACUAAAAAAUAAAAACAACUUAAAGAAAUGACCAAGGGAGACAUUUCAGAGAACACUUUAACAGUGUUAUUUAACAGUGUAAUGGUUAUUACAUUUUUCAUGUAAUAACCAUGGAAAUAUCCAAUUUCCUGCAGGAAAAAAUGCCCAAGUCUUCACCCGCCUCCCAGGACUGAGGUGACACCAACCACCACCAUCAGUAAUGCUCCCGGAACUCCCAAUGGCGCUGAACCUCAGGUUCUCUCUGUCGUAAAUCGCGUGCAGAAGUGCAAAAGUGCAGGAGCUGUACUGUUCCAGCCCACUCUACAUGGAACAUUUUAUCCCACAGAAGUCCGUAACACGCACGGUGUGUCCCUCACCGUAGCCCACACUCUUGGGUGUAAUAUUUCCCAUUCCCCUCUUUUAAUGCUCCAGUGUUGGUGCACAACCUGCGCUGUUCAGGUCUGAGCAGUAGCAGUGAGAAGGGACAGGAGAGGGCACUGUUUUGCUUUCAUCAGUGGGAGUCUUUUUUUCCCCACCCUGGGAGUCACUGGUGUGAAAGGUGGAGAGGGCAGAGAGAAGUAAGAGCACAGAGAGCAAAGGGUUUCAUCAGCAUUUACUAAAGGAAUCACACUGCAGCCAGCGAUCAUCACUGGGUCAGCGAUCCCACUUUUGAAAGCAGUUGGUGUUACUGAAGAGAAAAGGCGUACAGAAAAAGAAACUUGUCCAUUACCUAAAAGGAUUAUUUUUAUCCUCUUCAUUUUGAAUGUUAAAGCAGGUGGUGCUUUGUAGAUGGGCCAAGAUCUCAUUUUUUCCUGCUUAUACACAGGUCUCUGCCAGAAGCUGCUGCAGUAAUUGUUUAGAAUAAAUAUCCAAGCCUGUCUUGACAUGGGGGUACGUUUAUUAUCCUUGUCAUUGCUACCCUCAAGAAAUCCAUUGGGUCAUCCAAAGAUUAUCCAAACCACUCUCCAAAAAGCGGGGAGAGCGAGCUGUUUCUAUGUACAGAGCACUGGUGUCUUCACCCGCUUGCUGUUUUCAGAUAAGCUGGGCAACUUUUUUCAGAGAAACCUGUUUAGAAAGGAAUUUAUCAGGAAACUUGAAAAAAAAAAGCCAAAAAACGCACACACAAAAAAACCCCCAAGCAAACACAAGAAAGAUAACCUUUGGCAGGGCCAUUAGAAGCCUUGAAGUCCUAGAAACCUGUGACAUGUAAGACUCAAUAUGAGCCCAAGACCUCCUAUCUUUAGUGAUCUCUUUUAUCAAUAGCAGCCAGAAGAGCACAUGCAACGAGGGGUUAUAUUUGGAGAGGAAAUGCCAUCACAGAGCAGUUGCUAGAUAGGCAAGUUGUACCACAAACAACUUAAUUCAACCUGGCAUUCCUGCUGGUUCAAUCACAUUUCUUAGGUUGUUUUUAUAGGUUUUUGACAGCGUGUGUGGAGUCCAUACAUCAUCAUGGCAUUACUAGAGGUCAUGUGAGGAGAAGUAUGUUGCUGUGGUGUUAACACAAAGCCACACACGUGACAAUGAGAUUGUACAAUGACCAUUGAAACCCCCAUUGAGAAAGCCACCCUUGAAUCUGGAGCACAUUGACUCCAAGACUGAACAUGUUGGGCUGAGCAUGGGCCUUAAAUGGCUCUACCUGACAAGUCCCAUAAAUUCUUUGUAUUUCUGCAUUCCUUCUUCUCCGCCCCAGCCUUCUCAGACAAAUGAAGUUAACUUGCACUUUGUGAAGGUGUAAAGUUUGCCGCUCCCCCGGUAGUACAGAGCCACAACUGAUAAGCACACACAUGACACAUGGGACAGGUGAGAUAUGUUUGGACAAGGAGUGAAAUACCACUGGGACUUGAGAUUCAGGCUCUGACUCUAAAUGUUAUCUGCUCAAAGGUGCCACUUACCCACUUGAAAUGGCCUUGGAGCCACAGGACUUGAUAAGGACUUCAUUAUUUUGAUGCUGUUUGAUCACUGUGCACUUUCUUGGGGCUUGAAUUGCUGGAUAUAGAGACUGGAAUGAGGUUACAGAGCUUUAUAUCAAAGUGUUUUCCCGUUUAUGUCUGAUUCUCUAGAUCUGGGAACAAAGCUUUUCUGCUAAUACAAUGUGGUGGUGUUCUGCAGGUGGGGCACCAGGAAGUGCCACCAGUGCUCCCCCUUUGAUGUCACUAAGCUCCUGGGCAGUUCUGGCAUCUGUCAUGGUGCAGCGGGAGCUCUUGGGUAGCAGAACGAUGCAAGGAUGUGGUGUUAUGGUGAGUUUGUAGCUGGUCACUUCGCCACCCAUUGGAUGGAGUCCAUCCACUAAUUUGGUAUCUGCUGUCAGUUUAGGGGUAGAACCACCUUACACGGCUGUGUUUGAGUUACCCUUCGGCUUACUAUGGUUAUCAGAUUGUUGCUUUUACUUCAGUGUCUCCUUGGGGAUUUGCCCUGGAUUUUUGUUCCACACCUCUUGUUAGCCGCACCUUCACCACUCCACUGUUUUAUAUGAGAAAGUUACUUCUUCUUUUGCAAACUUGCUUCUAAUUAAAAGAACCCUUUUUGAAACA